GUCGCCAUGACGCCACCACCUGCGCUGCCCAAAAUCUUAGCUAACCCACCCUCCCCUGUAAUCGACGAAUUGGAGGGGACAAGCGGGAAAAAGGAGGAGGAUGAAGAACCAAAUCCUGCAGCCACCCUCUCUGCAGGACCAGGCCAACCGAAUUCAGACGAAGUAAUUAAGACAACGUUGGCAGAGGACUCCUGGGUCCCUCAUCCUCUCGUUGCAAGUCGCGAUCCAAUCGACGAGGAGGGCACCUUCAUCGCCUUCUGUCCACACCUGAUACAUGCCCGCUGCAAGGAGAAGGCUCGUACAAACAGCAAGUCAGGUGCUACGUUCGAGUGUCCCGUCUGUCAUGCCCUCUCAAACUUCGACCUUACCCUCUAUGGCCACGUCACAGAUGGUCUCAGUCCGGUCUGGCUGUCUCGUCAGCUGGGGUUUAAGGAUGUGCCGGCCGCGCUGAAAGAACUCUUCAAUCUUAUUGACUUGGUCAAGUCAACCAAAAAUGAGCUGCUGUGGAUUAACAGUGGUGCAGGCGAACCAGAGACCCUAUCCGCCGAGCGACUUUCUCAACUGCAGACCUGCCUCUCUGAGGUCUUCCCGACCUGCCAACAAGCCCGCAUCAGCCGCGAGAUGCAGAUUGCACUGCCGGUCUGGCUAAAACCGACACAGAGAUCUAACCAUAUCACCUCCUCACUACGGUAUCUUGUUCAUGGUCUAGCUGUGCAGACCGAUCCAGAUCGACUCUUGAAUCACACAUUGAACAACUUAUACCGCAGUAUCCAUAACUGUUUCGACCGACUUUGCGUCUUUGCCGAGUUUGCCGGCCUGGACGUUGAUGAUUUCUUGACCAACAAUAGAACAGGGGAGAAUAUUAAAGCUCGGCGCAAUGUCAAUUCUCUGGCCCAAGUUGGCGCUCUCCACCAAUCAGCGAGGGAGUUGAUGACGUUUGUGGAGCAUACCCGACAUCUUGGUGUGCGUGCCAUCUGGUUAGCUGCUUGUGAAUGGCGCGGUUUGCGACACGCUGUCGCCUAUACGCUAGUGGUAUGGGAACGUUAUUUGCGUCAUCAAAGUCCCAAUGUCACAUUCUUCAACGGAGGACUGAGUGAGAGCCAUAGAACGAAUCUUUGCUACUUAUUGCGUGCCGCGUUCCAAGCUCACGCCCGUUUAGCCCCCGUUCCGCGUGGGUGUCCCCUGGCUUGUCAGAACUCGGACAGUGAUGCUGGUCAGCGCGCUCACGCCGAGUGCUGGCCUCAGCGACGUGAUGACCCAGACUGGUGGUGGUGGCAUUCAUACUUCUCCCCUGCCAUGCCUGAUGCCACCCAUACCGGUGAGGCUAUAAUUCUUGCCGCGAAUCCGGGCGAUUUGUUUGAACCCGUUAGCAGGGUUGCCGUGUCGGAGGACGCUGUUCGUCUGUGGAGCCUGCUUUUGCCGGAUCAUCCUGCUCAGAGGGCGUCUACCACGUCGGAGACUGCCGAGCACGCCGAAUCCACAAUGGAAUGGGCGGAUUACUCACUCUCCGCUGACCCAUCAUCCUCAACUCCUUCAAUGAAGGUAGAUGUUGGCACACGUUCGGAAGGGGAUCCUGCCAAUCCUUAUCAGUCAGUCAGUGCCUUAUGGGAGAUUGAAAGCGAGUUUUUGGUUAGCCGCUGGCCUAUCGCUAUAACUGUUGCCGCCGCCCUAUCGACCGACCGUGCUGUCUGUGAUGCCGACUACUUCCGUGCUGUAAAGCCGUGCAAACCACUUUAA